UCAAUUUCGCGGCAGGUUCUUCAUGAAUUGACGUCCGCGGCUUUCCGUAGUGUUUACAUCCGGCGUAGCCAAUAUGGCGUCUUGCAGUUGGCCUGUUAGCUUUAAAUAGACGUAUUUUAAUUUUUUUGUUUGUUUCACAUUCAUAUUUAAUGGUUUUCUUGGGAUCAGUAUGUAAAAUUAGCUUUUUAAAUAGAACCACACAAUUUAUCAGUUGGUGUAUUUUAUUUGGAGGAUGUUUUUUCUUACACACACUUCCCGUUGCUAACACGGCCGGCUAACAGUUAGCUCGCUCCUCUCCACUCUCGGGGCUAUCUGCGAACCAUGACGGAGGUGGAGGAGCUGCGGCCCGUUCCCCGGGAGCGGGCCAUCCUGGAGAGCUUCUUCGCCCAGCUCGGCAUGUUUUCCUUCGACCGAGCAAAGGACUACGUGGAGCGGGAGAAGGACGGCAGCAGGAGCAGCGGGAGCAUCUGGAGCGCGCUGCUGGCCGCUCUGGCUCACCUGGCCGCGGCGGAGAAGGUGUACCACAACAUGACGUUCCUGGGACAGAAAAUAGGUGGCCAGUCCUUCUUUAGCCGGAAGGACUCCAUCCGCACCAUCUACACCUCGCUGUACAACGAGCUCAGGAAGGUGGUGAUGAUGGGGCGCCACGGCCAGUCGAACUCCUCUUCCUCCUCCUCGGCCUCCUACCUGGAGGACCUGCUAUCGCACCUUUCAGAGCAGCUCUGCCACUUCAUCCAGGCCCGCAUGGAGAUGGCUGACCUGUACGAGAAAAUGCACUCACUGGGCAGCCAGAAGAACGUCAACUCUGAGGAGCUGGUCACAGUGCUCGAGGUCGUCCUCCAGAAAUACAGCUCCAAGUUCCAUCAUCCCAUUGUGGGCCGGGUGGAGGAGGGCUUCCAGAUGGAGGUGGACGUAGUGACACAGCUGCUGCGCUGCCAAGCCCAGUUGUCCGAGUGGCACUUCCUGCCUGCCCUGCUCAGCCUUCACGGUGCCAACUCCAAGCUCAUCACCUGGGGUCAGCUUUUCCAGCGGCAGAAGGAGACUCGCAAGCACCUGUUCGGAGGUCAGUCCCAGAAGGCAGUGCAGCCUCCGCACCUCUAUGUGUGGCUGCAGCGCUUCCAGGCGGCACUGCUUGCCAAGUUCAGCUUCUACUUUCACGAAAUUCUGAGCAAGCAGACGGUACCGGCUGACAUGAGGGCGCAGACGGCCCGCACCACCCCGGACUACUACGGCAAGAUCUCCACCUUCAUACGCAAACACGAUGCCAGCAAUGUGUCGCUUGUGUUUGACAACCGCGGCUCGGAGAGCUUCCAGGGUCACGGCUACCACCACCCACACUCGUACCGGGAAGCACCGAAGGGCGUGGAGCAGUUCCCCGCAGUGGUGUCGCUGCCAUCGGGAGAGCGGCCGCUCACGCACUGGCCCAACGUCAUCAUGAUGAUGGGAGACCGCGCUGCUGAACUCAACACUCUGGACAAAGUGGUGCACUUCUAUGAUGACAAGGUCCAGAGCACAUACUACCUGACGCGGCCGGAGCCGCACUUCACACUUGUCGUCAUCUUUGACGGAAGGAAAUCUGAGAAGGACCUGCACCUCACCGGCUUCUUGCAGGAGAUUUCCGGCUCGCUUCGGAACUCCAAACCUUUCAGCACCCUCAAACCCGGGUCGAAGGGCUGAACUACACAUCGACAAGACGCUAAAGUUUUACACGGUCCUGCGUUUUCUGUGGUCCAGCUGGUGCUUUUUGCUGCUUUGAUUCUCAGUUUGCCAAAAAUGUUUCAGACCAAAGAGACUCGAGGUGCUUUGAAUUUAUUUGACCUGGCCGUGACAGGAUGACCACCACAGCACCGCUCGUGCUUAGAGCCUUUUAAUUAUUUGGCAUCAUGCAGUUUUAACAGGUUUAUGUUUUAAUUCGUUAUACAUUACAUUUGUUGUGCUUAAUACAGUUUAAAUAAAGAUUUGAAAUGUAAAA